AUGACAUACACAUGUGACAACACCUUAGUGUCCUGUGGUUGUGGUUAUAAUUAUGUUCAGCUCACUUCAUCAAGAAUUGUAGGUGGUGAAGAGGCACUACCUAACAGUUGGACAAUGAUAGUCUCUCUUCGACAAACUUCUACCAAUCGCCACUUCUGUGGUGGUUCUAUUCUAUCCGAUUCUUAUAUUCUCACAGCAGCUCAUUGUAUCGAUACUGAUUCACCUGGUGACGUAAUAGUUGCUGCUGGUAUGCAUAAUAAAUCUGAUGAAAAUGCUGUGAUUCGUCGAGUUGAUCAGAUCUUUGUUCAUCCUAACUGGUCACAACCUGAAUAUCUCAAUGAUAUUGCAAUUUUACGUUUAUCAGAACCACUUGAACUUGCUCAAAAUUCAAUGCUCACAAGAACUUGUAUACCACAUGUUCACUGGCCCACUGAUAUACAAGACUAUCCAUCAAGCGGCACACCUUUAGCAACGAUUGGUUGGGGUCAUACCGAAAUGGAUAACCAUACAAGUUCACCGGACAAUCUUCAUCAAGUUCAAGUAUUUUCCAUUGAUAACAAUGAUCCAAAUUGUACCAGAUCACUCUAUAACAAAGAAAUACAAUUUUGUGCUGGACUUUCCCAAGGUGGCAAAGAUACUUGUCAAGAUGAUUCUGGUGGACCUAUUUUUCAAUGGCUUGGUAAUCGAUGGGAACAGGUGGGUAUAACAAGUUUCGGUAAAGGAUGUGCCGUCGCAGGUGAUCCAGGUAUUUAUACACGACUAGCUUCUUAUCAUCAUUGGAUUCGAUCGAUUGUAAACGAUAAUGAUGUUCGACCACCAAUAUCCUAUACAUGUGACAAUACAAAAGUAUACUGUGGCUGUAGUCAUAAAAAUGUUGAACUUACACCAUCGAGAAUCGUUGGUGGAGAAGAAGCAGUACCCUAUACUUGGUCAUUCAUGGUCUCCUUGCAACAUCGUUCGUCCAACAGUCACUUUUGUGGUGGUUCAAUCUUUUCAGAUUCUUAUAUUCUCACAGCAGCUCAUUGUGUUGAUGAUGAAACACCUGAUCGUAUACAGAUUGUAGCUGGUGUGCAUAAUAGAUCUGAUCCAAAUGGUGUAAUCCGUGAAGUAGAUUACAUUCAUAUUCAUCCGGAUUGGUCAUCAUCAUCGAUGGAACGUCGGCAUGAUAUUGCGAUGUUACAUUUGUCACAACCACUCGGACUUGCUUCAAAUCCAUUGUUAGCACGAAUUUGUGUGCCAAAAGUUCAGUGGCCAAACAAUGUUGAAACUUAUCCGAGUAAUGGUACACGUUUAGCUGCAAUCGGCUGGGGUAAUAUAAAACAGGAUUGGACCAAUAAUUCACCAGAUAAUCUGCAUCAAGUUCAAGUUUUCGCAAUUGAUAAUAAUGAUCCAAUUUGUAAUAAAUCACUUUUUGAUACACAAGUACAAUUUUGUGCUGCACUUUAUGAAGGUGGCAAAGAUACUUGUCAAGGUGAUUCUGGUGGACCAAUCUUGCAAUGGCUUGGUGAUCGAUGGGAACAGGUAAAUAGAUUCAUAAGUAAAUAACGAUAAAAUUGUUAUGAAAAUUUGAAUCACUCCGAUAGAAAAGAUCGUUGAAGAAGAAUGUUUCUGUCACCAUAGAUGUAACCUAUAUAUUCGGAGUUGUUUCGAAGUCAUGGCACUUUUGAAAGGAAAAUAGUGUGCAAGAAAAAUUUUCCGCUUGUUACACCUGCUUCUUCGUGAGAUGGACGAGGUUUUAGAUGCUGUGGGUGUAAACACGAGAUGGAUUUGGGUGGCAAAAGUCCAACCUAGGAAGUUCUGUGGUUCUCGUGACAGAUAGUAUUGUUUGUUAUUUUUUGGAGCCGUCAUGAGUAGGAUGCGUGGAAUACCUAAUUUCAUCCUUAUCAAUAUUCGAUAUUUUUCUUGAAUCGAAGGGGAAAAUGAAGUAGAAUUUCACAAUUUCAUCAGGAAAUAACGUGCUCUUUUAGUAAAAGAUAUAAUUUCGUUACUUACAUGUAGAAGUGUUGCUUUUCAAAGAAAAGUCGUUGCAUACGUUCAUGAUAAAACUUUUGCAGUUCAUUUGUUUGACUUAAGUGAUCGGCUCUAUUGCGAAGGAGAUUGUCUUCAGUGAAUAUAAUAAGAAAUUUCUGUCAUUAUUGCUCUCACUGAGGGUCACGAGCAUGAUCAUCCAGGAUGCCGUUGUGUUGAGAACUACACUCAGUUAGAGAUAUUUUUCCUUAUGUGAUCAUCGAAAUAAUACUUCCAUGAUUUGUAGCUAUGUUGUGUUGAAUCUUCAGCAAAAAAGCCAGCAAUACCGAAUAGUUCUGCUGAUAAUUUAUUAGCUGGGUGAUAAACGACAGAUCAAAGUCGAUUUUAAUGCUUCUUGAUUGAUCCAUGCAAAAUAUGACAGCGCGAUUAGGUUUUUCUGAUGAACCGCAUCGUGACAGCUUUGCUAAAGAUUUUUAUUCAAGCAAAGUUCUUUCGCAAAUUAUCGUGAACCUCUACGUUUGCUUUUUCCAAUCAGGCCCCGAAGUAGUUGUGGAACGAGUCAUUAGUACGAUCAGUUCAUUUAAAAUCGAUUCAUAUCUAUGAAAUCUCGAUAAAUACUUUCAAACAUUUCGCUCUUAAACAUGUUUUUCGGUCGGAAGUUAAAUAUAGAAAAAAUGGCUCUAGCUUUGUACACCUGCAGAAAAAAUGUCCAGGGCUAAGCCUACACUAGCAUCAAAUCUUGGUUACACCGCUACUAAUGUCGGAUUCUUUUUAACGCCAACCACGAUUGUUUGAAUAACUUUUGACUACUUGAAGGUAUUGGGCUGCGGAGGCAGAUAGUUCUCCUCGUAUGCUCAUCAUGUCUUCUAGGCCUGUCUAUGAUCUAAUCGGGAGUGUACCUAUUUUCUUCUUGUAAAACCUGAUGGAUCAAGAAAUUCAUGUGCAGAUGACGGCAAACAUCUAUGAAGAAGUUCAAAUUACUUGUGAGUUGGAUGCAGCAUCGCCAAAACUCUGUUUAUCUUACCACUAAUCGACUGGGCAUUUUUGCGUGGUAUGACGCGACAUGACUUUCUAGCUUCGAAUAUGAUAUACAUUAGUGUUGCUACCUAUCACAAGAAAGGCGAAUGUAGAUCGAUGAUUGAGAGUAUUUGAUCGAAAUCCAACGUAUUUUCGCGUGUUUUCAUUGAACACAAAGAAGAAAGCAAGCUUUUAAUGUAGCUGCAAAAAAUAUAUUGGAGUACUUCUACACCUGACAUUAAGCGCUGAUAGGCUCAGUUUAAAAUCGAGAAAAAUGCAUGCAACCUUAAUUAGACUACCGACAGUCCCGGGAAACAUGAUGAGGACACAAGGAACUAUCUGCUUAACUCUUUGCGGACGGCAAGCAGAUAUGUGUACUUCGAUUCUAUUAGUAAUAUAAUCAGUAUGUUCCGUAAGCAAAUCUUUCAAGAUACUCUAAUGGUAGAUAUGACAAUAUAGACCACAGAUUUAUUAUUUUCAAUGCUUGUGUGAGUAAGUGUGAGUGUUCUAACUGCAUUCACAUCCAUAUCCCACAGCUCCACCCACACCUACAAGAGUAUAGCAAGUUCCUGUACACAGUCUUCACAGACUUUAUUCUUCGAGGUUAUUAAAGCUUGCUCUCGAGCACACGUGGAGCGCAAACGUAAACAAACGGCUAGACGAUUAUCUCAAAGAUUAACUAAAGAUAUGCCUCGGAUCAGGCUGGAAUCGGUUGAGAAAGUUUUAAGUGAUUCGCUCUAGUAAUUUGAAAUCCUCACCGAAACCAAUGACAAACGGCCAACUUUUUCGCUAAAUCGACACUGGGGAACACUUUCCACAUAAAGAAAAGAUUCUUCGAGUGUAUUCGAAGAGAAACAUCGCUUCAUCGAAUUCAACAGAAAGUUGAGUUCACCUUCGAGUUUCUGACUGUCUAUUGUUCGAGAGCCCUGAUUGAAAAUACUUUAGUCAUUUAAAAUUUCAUUUGUCUGCAUCGAUUAUAUAAUUUCAAGCGACGCUUUUCAGGUUAGAUUUUCUAUUGUCGUAUUUUGCAUGUAAAGAACUUGUAGAAACGCAGUUUACAUGAGGUAACCCAAACGAAUUAUUUGGUAGAAAUGUAGAAAGUUGCAAUUAAAUCAAAAGGAAUAGUUUUAUCCAGAUUUCAGAAGAAAGCUUUUGAAAUGCCAAAAUAUGAGUUAAUAUACGAAAGAAACCGGCAUGUGAAUCAAGACCACCUAUGAUGGUCAGCUCCGAACUAAAUUUGUGACUUCAAAGAGGAAAGGUUGUUUUGAAGAAAAUUGGAACCAAAUGCGCCAUGUUUUAUGCAGUGAUCAUCAAUGUCAAGGAUACAUUAAUUAAUACAAGAAUCAGGCCUGCGUUUUCCUUAGAUUAUCAUAGCUCUUUUGAAUGAUGAAAACCAUAGCUUGAUAGCUUGAAUUGGUCAAAAGUUAUUCAAAAAAAUUUCAGAUUGACAUUUAAAAAAAAACUUGGCGUUAGAUACUAAUCUAAAAGACAAUCUUUUUCUUUGUCUGAUAGAAUAAACGAGAUUUGUUGUGCAUCUUCGAGACAUGUUCAUGCCGCUUUCUUUUCAAGAGUAAUUUUGAAAUUUAAACAUAAACUUCUCAACAAAAUUCCGACCUCUGCUUUGUUGAACGCAUUGAACAGUUCUCAAAAUGGAAAUGAGAAAAAAAUCGUCGUAAUGUCUAAGGAAAGUAAAAUUUUUGGAAAAACGGAGCAAUAAUAUCUGUUUCAAAUUGUUUCAUAAACGAUCCUGUUGCACUCGUGCUAGACGGGCAAAAUCAACGAGGUACAACUAGACGAGUAUUUCACUCAGUUUCGAUAAAUCAAGGAUAUUCGUUGCUAUAUGUGACGCGCAUUCCAUUACUGUUGAAUCUCGAUGAAAAAGAUUUCUUUCGACUCCGGAGAAUUUCUCUUCAGGUUGGUAUUACAAGUUUUGGCAAAGGAUGCGCCUUGAAAGGCGACCCAGGUAUUUACACACGACUAGCUUACUAUCACGAGUGGAUCGACACAAUUGCGGAGGAACCAGAAAAACCAACAUCAAUGACAUACACA